UCGUGCGCAAAGACUUAAGAGUAGCACAAAAGACUCGUUCAAAACAUAGAAAACUAAAUUUCACAAAGUACAAUUAUGUACGAAAGUACUUUAUUAGAGUAUUAGAGUUUUGAAUAUGAGCGGAGCGAAAUUGCCGCGAAAUUUCCUUUACAGCCGACUGAGCUCACUUGUUUAGUAUAAAUGAUAGCAUGCUCCGUGUAGCUAAAAGAAGUUCAAACCUUUCUGAGGCAGAAUUUGAAGAAAAAAUAUCUUGAAAUCAAGAAUAUGGUGAGCACAGUCAUUUUACCCAAAGAUUAUGCCACUCUUAUACUUAACAUAAGCACCCAAACCCUCACCAAAGCACAAAAAAGAUGGCGAGUUGCAUUUGUAGCCAUCUAUUUCUCCAGGGGCAUGAUCUCUGUAGCCAGAGAUAUUGUCCCGAAGAAAACAAACUUUUCUCCCAUUUCAGAAAUUAUAUCCACCCCUUCGUAUACUGUUCUCAACAUUGAACCCAAUGUCCGAGAAGAGAAUGAUAGUGUGCAUCCUGAUAAAACAGAAAAUCUGCCUGGAUGUUCUAGCUUUGACACCAUUGACAAAACAAAACUUACGGAUAUGAUGAGGAACAAAAAUUUGGAAGAGCUCCGCAGAGUAGGGGAUGUUGAGGGCUUAACCAGGGCUCUUCAAACUGAUCCUGACAAUGGCAUCCAGGGCACUGAAGAAGAUGUUAUCCAAAGACGCAACACAUUCGGUCCAAAUACUUACCAGAAGCCACCACCGAAAGGGCUACUUUUUCAUAUCGUAGAGGCUUUCAAAGACACCACUAUUCUCAUCUUGCUGGUCUGUGCUGCUCUCUCUCUAGCCUUUGGCAUCAGAGAAGAUGGUUUGAAGGAAGGUUGGUAUGAGGGAGGUAGUAUAUUUGUAGCAGUCUUUUUAGUAAUUGCUGUAUCAGCUGCUAGUAACUUCAGACAAGAGAGACAAUUCCAAAAAUUGUCAAAAAUAAGUGAUAAUAUUAUGCUAGAUGUUAUGAGAGGCGGAAGGAGGCAAAAGAUAUCCAUCUUUGACAUCGUAGUCGGGGAUGUCGUGUUCCUGGGAAUCGGAGAUCAAAUACCUGCAGAUGGAGUGUUCUUGAAUGGACAUUCUCUACAAGUGGACGAGUCAAGCAUGACAGGAGAGAGCGACCAUGUAGAAGUGGACCUUGUGCAAAACCCGUUCCUGAUUUCAGGUUCAAAAGUAGCAGAUGGCCAUGCUCGAAUGCUAGUUGUAUCAGUUGGGACGAAUACUGCUUGGGGCCAAAUGAUGAGCUCAAUAAACCAUGAUUCCAAUGAACAGACACCAUUACAAGCUCGACUUGACAAAUUGACUUCAUCAAUUGGGAAAGUCGGCCUUGUAGUCGCUUUUCUAGUACUUACAGUUAUGUUGGCUCGCUACUUUACCGGAAAUACAGAAGACGAUGACGGGAAUCAGGAGUACCAUGGUGGCAAAACAGAAGUAAAUGAUAUAAUUAAUUCAGUACUACGUAUUGUAUCUACUGCAGUCACUAUAGUAGUGGUUGCAAUUCCUGAAGGGCUUCCAUUGGCUGUAACGCUCACCCUAGCAUACUCCAUGAAGAGAAUGAUGGCUGAUCAGGCAAUGGUCAGGAAGCUAUCAGCUUGUGAAACCAUGGGGUCGGCCACAGUUAUUUGCACCGACAAAACAGGCACAUUGACAAUGAACCAAAUGACGGUAACAAAGUUUUGGCUUGGACAAGAAAACAUGGGAGAAGAUUAUUCUGAUGCAAUUUCACCAGAAGUUGCUGAGUUGUUUCACCAAGGAGUUGGUUUGAACACCACAGGCAGCGUCUACAAACCAGUCUCAGGAAAUAUGCCAGAGUAUUCUGGUAGUCCAACUGAAAAGGCGAUCCUCUCUUGGGCUGUCCUGAAAUUGGGAAUGAAUAUGGAAGAACUGAAGCAAAACUCUAAUAUUAUUCAUAUUGAAACAUUUAACUCGGAGAAGAAACGAAGUGGUGUUUUGGCCAGAAGGAGAGCUGAUAACACCAUCCAUGUACAUUGGAAAGGAGCAGCUGAGAUGGUCCUAGCAAUGUGUUCCCAUUAUUAUCAGAGCAAUGGAGUGGUAAACUUGAUAAGUGAAUAUGAAAGAACACAGUUCGAGAAGAUCAUCGAAGGAAUGGCAGCAAGCAGUCUUCGUUGCAUUGCUUUUGCUCAUAGUAAAAUGCAGGAAGAAGAUAUGCAACAUAAAGGCGAAGGGACAAGCAACAAAAAGCUAAAAGAAGAUGGGCUAACCUUGCUAGGAAUUGUUGGUCUAAAGGAUCCUUGCAGACCAGGAGCAAAAAAAGCCAUUCAAACAUGCAGAUCUGCUGGGGUUGAUAUUAAAAUGAUCACUGGAGACAAUGUUUUCACAGCAAAGGCUAUUGCUACAGAAUGCGGAAUACUUGGACCUGACCAACAAGUUAAUAGUGGGGAAGUGGUAGAAGGGAUCGAGUUCCGGAAUUACACAUCUGAAGAAAGAAUGGAGAAGGUUGAGAAUAUUCGUGUCAUGGCAAGGUCGUCUCCAUUCGACAAGCUGCUGAUGGUACAGUGCUUGAAACAAAAAGGCCAUGUGGUUGCUGUCACAGGAGAUGGAACAAAUGAUGCACCAGCCUUGAAAGAAGCUGAUAUUGGACUUUCCAUGGGAAUUCAAGGCACGGAGGUAGCCAAAGAAAGCUCAGACAUCGUUAUACUGGAUGAUGAUUUCGCCUCUGUGGCCACAGUUUUGAGAUGGGGGCGAUGUGUAUACAACAAUAUCCAGAAAUUUAUCCAAUUUCAGCUCACUGUUAAUGUUGCAGCUCUUGUCAUCAACUUCGUUGCAUCAGUUUCAGCUGGUGAAGUUCCUCUAACAACAGUCCAACUAUUGUGGGUCAACCUCAUUAUGGACACACUAGGUGCUUUAGCACUUGCUACAGAGCGGCCUACAAAUGAGCUUAUGCAUAAUCCACCGGUGGGUCGAACUGAACCCCUCAUUACAAAUAUCAUGUGGAGAAACCUGUUAGCACAAGCAAUAUACCAGAUAACAAUCCUCCUAACUUUGCAAUUCAAGGGUAAGUCAAUCUUUAAUGUGAAUGAGACGGUCAAGAAUACUCUAAUCUUUAACACUUUUGUCCUUUGCCAAGUCUUCAAUGAAUUCAAUGCAAGGAAAUUGGAGAAGAAGAAUGUGUUUGCAGGUAUACUUAAAAACCAUUUGUUUCUAGGGAUCAUUGCAAUAACAAUCAUUCUUCAGAUUGUAAUGGUAGAGUUCCUAAAGAAAUUUGCGGACACAGAAAAAUUGAAUUGGGGGCAAUGGGGUGCUUGUAUUGCCAUUGCGGCUUUAUCUUGGCCAAUUGGUUACUUCGUAAAGUUCAUACCUGUAGCAAAAAGACCAUUUCUCAGCUAUCUUAGAAGAUGAGAAUGAAGUCUGCCUGUCCACAAAUUACUCAGAAUUUCAGCAUGACACACGAAGAAUGAAAGUUAUUUAAACUGAUUCCCAGAACGAAGAGGAGAUUGUAUUGUUAUUGCAGCUUCAUUGUGGCCAACUGGUUAUGUUUAAAGACCUGAAGCAAGCAAACCAUUCUCAGCCAUCAUAAAGCCGAGCAUCAAAGUCAACUGGACAAUGAAAGUUGACCUACCAUCACUUGAUCUCUGAAUAUGUAACUGCAAUAGCUGUUCAACACUUGACAUCUACGCUCGUCAGGGGGCUGCAGAACUAUGCACCAAAAAAAUCUGUAUGGCAAGUUGAAAACACUUAUAAAGUCAAGUCAAAACCAGAGAUCUGACAGAUAAAGAUAGCGGCAAACCUUUUGUCAGUGGAAAUCCUGUUUCCACAAGAUUCUCUUAAACAGGGACAGCAUAUUAUACUAUAGAUCAGACGAGAAGGCUCUACAGGAUGCUAUUCUGUGCUUGUGUCAACCGUCAUCAUCAUAUUCCACUAAGUAUUUAAUCAUUUAUUUGAGGUUGUUAGUGAGUUGCUGGUGAGCUGUGGCACUAGUGAAGCUCCGCAAGGAUAUAUCAAUAUGGCGGCACUGCAUUGUCCAUAUGGUGCCGCACGGUUUGCAUAUGUAAUAUUUCUAUUAUAUUUAGCAAUCUAUAUAUACUAUUCUCAGUCGGUUGGAUCAGUAUAAUGGCGUAGCGGCAGCUUCAAGUGUGCCUGGAUGCCAUAUUAUAAAUCUAUCAACGAUAUGGCAAGGCUGUAAUAACUAAGUAUGUUUUAUUAUGUACAAAUUUCUUAUUUUAUUAUUAGCGGGGAAGAAGUGAAGGCAGACAAUGAUAAUGUGCAAGCACCCCCUUACAUCUUUACCUGAACUGUCCAGUAUGUGAUAUCAGCAAACAGGCAUAUCUUGCUCAAAAAAUUAUUGACAAAAACACUUAAUGCAGGCUAUAGUUCUGUACUUGCAACCGAUAAUGUAUAUGCUACAGACCGGAAGCAAAAGCAAUUCAAUCAAGAAGGGAAUGAGGUUAGUGAAACUACAAGGAAACUGCAAGACAGAAGGACGCAACUCAGGGAAAUAACAGUUAACACAUAGAUAUUAAAUCAGAGAAUGACAGAUGGAGUCAUAAAGAUAUUUAGUUAGAAAAUCUUGAGGAAUAAUGGUUAGUUAGAGAUCUAUCUUGAUUGAUUGUAGUAUUUAGAACUGCAUCACUCAUUCAGCUGUAGCAGCUUGCAUCAUAGAUUCAUAAUGAAUAUAUAUUUCAUAUUAUUUAA